UUUUAUCCUCUAUUUUGUAUGAUAUUAUUUGUUUCACUCACAGAUUAUUAUCGGACUUAUUUCAUUGGUUUGUUGUGAUUGUAAGGACACUAUCAAGUGUUUUUCUGGAUACAUUUCAUUAGACAUUCAACACAUUUUCAGGCUUUAAUAGAUUGAAACAAUUCUUCAGAUGGACCCGUUAAUUUCGGGAGAAGGUGAUGGUAAAGCUAUACUCUCAUCAAAGAAUGCUAUAACACCACCAGAUCAUAAAGGAUGUCUUAAACCAGAGACUAGAAGAAACUCCAGCACAUCCAAUCUGUCAUUGUACGAGAAUCGUGCGUCUGUUGAGAUAGUCGGUACGGAUGGAAGGCAUGAUUUAAUUUACACAAUUACAGAGACGCCUCCAGUCUAUUUGUUGUUGUUAUUUGCCAUUCAGCAAUGUCUGUUGAGUAUUGUCAACCCCCUGAGCAAGGCUAUCAUUGUAUCGGAAGUUGUCUGUGCUACCAAGGAUGACGCUAUCAAGGCCCAGUUACUUAGUGCUACUUUGUUGAUGACUGGUGUCGCUACCUUUCUCAUGUCCACUGUCGGUGUCAGACUUCCGAUAUUUCAAGGUCCUGCUUCUAGCUACAUGGUUCCUUUGAUAAGUUUGAUGACCUUGGAAGAAUGGAAAUGUCCAGAACCUUUUCAGUACUGGGAUGAGUCAGCCAACAGAUCAGUGUGGAUGGCUAACAUUGGAAAUGAAACUGUUCCUAUGAAAGAUGUCAUCACAGAUAAAAUAUUGAAAUUGUCUGGCAGCCUGAUGAUUGCAGGAUUCCUGCACACGCUGAUCGGUCUGACUGGCUUUGUUGGAGUCAUUAUCAGGUAUGUCGGGCCAGUAACUGUAGUCCCUACUGUCAUUUUGGUGGGACUAGAGAUUAAAACUGUCGCUGUGAAAUUCUCGGAGACCAACUGGACUGUGGCCAUCAUAACAGCGGGCAGCGCAUUGGUCUUCUCAUUGUUCCUGGCCAACAGAAAGACGCCCAUCCCCUUCUGGACCAAGAAGAAAGGUUUUCACAUCUUCUGGUACCCAUUUCACCAAGUAUUCUCUAUUCUUUUGAGUAUACUACUAGGCUGGCUAAUAAGUGGCAUUAUGACCGUAUUCGGGGCUUUAUCCAAUGACCCUAAGAGCAAGGAUUUCUUUGCCAGAACAGACGCACGUGCUCAUGUCAUUCACGAUAUAGACUGGUUCAUCUUCCCUUAUCCGGGGAUGUUUGGAAUGGUGUCCUUCAGCCUGGGUGGUUUCAUCAGUUUCUUCGUGGCCACCAUACUCUCUGUGCUGGACUCCAUCGGGGACUACAAUGCCUGCGCCAGAACAGCUCGCGUUCCGCCCCCACCACCUUUCGCCUUUAACAGGGGCAUCGCCGUGGAAGGUUUUGUCAGUUUCAUCGGCGGCACACUCGGCUGUUGCCAUGCCACGUCAUCCUAUGGAGGCAACAUUGGUGCCAUGGGCAUUACAAGAGUAGCCAGUCGAAGUGUGUUUCAGGUCGCAGGAAUCAUCUACAUAUUGUUUGCUAUUUUAGGCAAGUUCGGGGCUGUAUUUGUGACGAUACCUUACUCGGUGCUUGGCGGAUGUAACGUCAUCAUCAUGGGCAUUUUCAUAGGAGUCAUUCUUUCUUACCUACAGACAGUUGAUCUGAACUCAACCAGAAACCUGGCCAUAAUGGGCAUUUCACUUUUACUGGGUGUCAUGAUGCCUUUAUGGGUCUCCAAGAAUCCUCAUGCUUUUAACACAGGAGAUGCCACACUAGAUUCUUCGCUUAAGAUGCUAUUGACCAAUCCAUCAUUUGUAGGAGGAGUUUUUGCCUUUCUGAUGGACAAUACAGCACCAGGUACGUUGAAAGAAAGGGGUCUGCUCCAUUUUCUGAAGUCAGAAGAAGAUGAAGUUCCAAAAGCAGUAGCAUGCAAUGAUCUUAAAAUCUACAGACUUCCUUUUGUUCCAGAUUCCUUUCGUAGGUCAAGAAUAGCGAAAUACAUUCCAGUAGUUCAUUACACUGGGAAAAAGUAGACGAUUUCUGCCUAUGUACAUUUUGUUCUUGUUAAUAAAGAAAUACUAUGAAAA